AUGAACGCUGUCGCCAGUAGACCAGAGAACGCGGCCGUUCCUUACACGCCAAUCGCCCAUCAGCCAGAAUACGCUCAGAACUACAAGGACUCGGGAUUUGGCGCCCCGGUUCAGCCAGUUUCCUCUCGAUCCUCCUCCGUUUCCUCCUUCAAAACCAACUACAGUGCCUCGACCGCACCCACUGCCUACUCUCCGACCCCGUCUACCUCGUCGUAUCGCCAAUGCGACUCCGCCGCCUCCUUGGAUAAGAUCCUCGAAUCCAUCUUCAAACGUGUCCCCCAAGAAGUAUACGAAAACAUCAUAGACCAGCUUGAAAUCCUGCACACCGGAUCAUGCCAAUCAGGAUGUGUAACGUGCUUCCAGCGGGAUUUGCAUGCGUUGUCCUUGACAUGCCGACCUUGGGAAAAGGCAGUUCGCGCUCGACUAUACAAUCGGAUUCACAUCGUCGGGAAUGAUUCGCCAGCCCAGUUGAAGAAAUACAAAUUAAAGCGGGGAAGCCGCUUGAAGCUUCUCCGACGCACGCUCCGGGAAAGGAAGUUGCUGGCCAACCUCGUCCUGGAGCUGCGCGUCCCGCAGAUGGAUUUGCUGUUCACCACGAGCAAGCACAGCACCCAGUGGCAGGAAUAUCGCGAUCUGGUUGCCUCCGUCAUCAUGGUUUGCCCGAACCUGGAGCGACUGAUGGGCCUGAGCAUCCCGUAUCACCACGAAUUCGACCGACUGACGCACGCAUUAUCGACCAGGCGCAAGUUGAAGGAGCAUACCUGGAUCUUGGGAGAAGCCCCCGAGGUGUCGGAAGACUCCCCUCGCAGCACGUCGUGCCCGGGGAGUUUGGGACCGCUGCAGAUGUUUGAGUUUCUGGACUAUCAUGCUUCCUGGACGAACUUGGAAACCCUGAUGCUCUACGCCCUGAACGAGAAGAGUGCGCUUGAGCCGAGUCUCUUUCUUCGCAUGUUCAACUUGCUCCCCUCGCUUCGAAACCUCUGCAUCUCCAACUUCAACGACGACGCCUUUGGCGAUAGUGCCCUAUUGUGCCUGCCGCCGCUGGAGUCCCUUCGACUGGAGUCCCUGCCCGGUGUCACAGAUACUGGUUUAACACAGUACACCUCGCGUCCGGAGUCGAGUUCACUCAAGUCAUUCACCCUCAUUGAACAGGAUAUCGAUUCGUUGCUUGUGAUCUCCAAGAUCUUGUCAUCUCUGCGUCAUUUGGAGCGCUUCAAGUUUGUUCAGACAAACCGAUGUCCCACUUUGAGUGCCGAUGGGAUCGUUUUCCAACCGAUACUCGCGUCGUCCAGCCUCAAGUACCUGCACUGGGAUGUCGCCUGCCCUAACCCCGGCACCGCACUCACCAAGUUCGACUCGGCCCCCUUUGCCAAACCACCGAAGCACGUGGACACGCCGAAUUCCCAUCUUGCCCAAAGUAUACUCUCGGCGGGCUUCCCCAACCUCGAAGCCCUUCGCGCCCCGUCCGAUAUCGAGCCCCCGGGCGUGCUCCAGGGCGUUUGUCGGCCGAUCCCCAGCGGACAAGCCCUGCUCCAGCCCGACCGAUAUAGCCUUCCGCGCAGCUCCCAUGGUUCCGUGAACACCCGGCCAUUGGCCCUGCCUGCAGGGAACAACUUGACAUCGGCACGGAUCCGCGCCCAGACAUUCAUCGACAUGGCAGCGAAAGAUACGGAAACGGGACUGAGGGUACUCAUCGACGAUCAUUCGGACUCGUUCGUGCCUGAUGUUGCCCUGGAGACCAUGUCGGACGACGAACUGGAGAACAUGGAAAUGAACCAACUUGGAGAGUGGCGAACCCGGAAACAGCCCAAGGAGGACCUCGAGUUUAUGGAAGAACCGGAGGGCCCUUUGAUCGUGUAUGACUCGCGCAUGCCCGCCUAUAUGGGCCGCACCGGAUGCAAGGUCGGUGGAAACGGCGUGUCAAUCCCGCGCUUCGUCCUUCGCCCGGAUCUCCCCGGCCAGGAGGCGGACGGGGGUCUGCUCGGAUGGAAGCAAAUCCUGGCGACCAACCAGUCGUUGACAUAUGCGGCGGGCGUCGGAGUGAAUUGCUUUGGCAACAAAGGUGGUGUCAUCCCGCCUCCGGAGGAGCCCCCGUCUCCAGCGUCAACAACCGCCUCCCGGUUCGGCUGGGGCAGUCUCGGCAGCCGCUCGACAAUGGGCACAAGUCCUAAUACACCGACAACGCCGGUCACGCCGAUGAGCCCCUCAUCGAUGUCGGCCUUGCCCUGGGAGAAAGACAGCUGCACUGGGUCCUGGAAUUACAGCCACAAGAGUGGUCGAGAUUGGUGGUUUCACAUGGAGCGAGAGCGUCCUAAGAAAGUCGAGGCCAUUGAUGUGAAACAGCUGUUUUAA